UCUGUUCACUUCCGUUCCUUCCAUUGUGCAACCCACAGUUGUGACAUAAUAGGAGAUGUGGUUAAUCAGGCAGUCUAGGGAGGGGACUAUGAUCAGAAUAUCAAAUCAGAGAGAAGCGAUUUGUGCUGAGGAUCUGCUGUGUAACAGAACGUUGCCAGAUUUCAGCAGCAACAGCUGCCAACCAAGACCGUCGUUCAGGACACAGCAAAGAUAGGAGCAAACAGGACGCCCUGCUAGAAGCAGAACCCACGCCAUGAGGCUGUCUUCCAGCAUCCUUUUUCUUGGGUGUUGGCUGACCAGGCAGUGGCAAAUGGCUAGAGGACAAUAUCCCGAGCCCUCAAUUUCAGUGAUUCCCAGUCCUAAUGUCGCCCUUGGAGGGAAUUUCUACAUCAGCUGUGGGAGUCAUCAUUAUAAAGCCACCUUUGAGCUCUUCAAGGGAGAACCUGCAAUUUAUGUGCGAUCUGAGAAAUCUUCAUCUUAUACAGUGGAUUUUUUCAUUUCUGAGGCCAAACUAGAACAUGGAGGAAUUUAUCAAUGUAGGUAUUGCCUCAAUCGCCUAUGCUCACAUCUAAGUGACAGACUUUACAUCAACGUAACAGCUUCUCCCAAACCUUCCAUCUCAGUGAGCCCAGGUGAGGUGAUUGCUCUGGAAGGAAAUGCCAACAUCCACUGUAAGACCAAAGAACAGCAAGAAGUAGAAUUUACUCUACACAUAGAAAAUUCUUCAAAUACUUAUGAAAGCAAGAUGAUGGGAUCAGGAGAAGUUCUAUUUCCCAUUAUCAAUGCCAAAGAAUCAGAUGGGGGCAUCUACCGCUGUCGCUAUUGCUUAAAGCUCAAGAACACUCAAGCAUGCUCAAAUUACAGUGAUGAAGUACACAUCAAAGUAACGGGUGGAAAUUCAAAAGCCGGACAUUCAAUAGCCAUGUGGGCAGGCAUUGCUGCCGGUGUCUUCCUUUCGGUCCUCUUCCUGCUCAUCCUUGCUUUUGUAUUGUCCAGGAAAAGGAAAAAGGGUUCCAUGGCCAAUGAAAGAACUCAGCCGGCAAGCAUACCCUUGCAGUCUGAGCCUGAAGAAGACCCAGAUGGAGUUUCCUAUGCUGUACUGAGCCACAGCUCAUUGAAAACCAAACCAGCACCCGAUGCAGAUGGGAUCCCUGAGUCCUGUACUUAUGCAACAGUGGCCCAACGCAGAACCAAGGAGGGCCAAUAAGAAGGACAUCUUACAAUCCAGCGACUUCUGGGACCUUGGCUUAUCCCCGAGUGUUAUGGACAUUUUGCUUAUUUCUAGCUUGCACGACAUGGGAGACGAGUUUCAUAAGGUGGCCUUGUUCACGGAAAGAAACUAUUGCUCACAGCUAAGAACUGGGCAGGCCAUACAUAAUGAAUUUUAAAAGAUGUUUAAAAUAGCUAUUCCCAAGAGGCCUGAAGCAUUCCCCCCCCCCCCAGGGAUGAUAGGGGCAGAGGUUCCUAAAGAGAUGGUUAAGUUGUUUGUGUAAGCUACUACAGCAGCCGGAAUCCUGUAUGCGCAGAAGUGGAAAGAAGAGUGGGUGUUAAAGUUAAUGGACUAUGCAGAGAUGGCAAAGCUGACAGCAAAAGUAAGAGAUCAAUAAGAUGGGAACUUUGUCGGAGAGUGGAGGUUCUUUUUGGACUAUCUGAGAAAAAGCUGCAGCCCAAUGAAAUCACGAGCAGGAUUUGGAUAAUAGGCAAGGGGAGGUGAAUAAAUAAAUGAUUGUAAUGUAAGUUAUAAUACCAUAGAAAAUAAAAGGCCGGUCAAAAUGUAAGAAAUUAUUAUACUGAAAGU